AUGGCGAUGGCGACGGCGCCGCGCGAGCCCCCUCCCUCGCUCUCGCCCCGCAGGCGCUGGGCAGCGGGCGGCGGGCGGCGGGCGGCGGGCGGCGGGCGGAGAGCCGAGCAGGCAGCAGCGCUGCACGGGAGACUUCAGCCCCAGCUGCUGGCCGGCUCACUCCGGGCCCGAGGGGAGCGAGACCCAGCGAAGGACUGGGGCCUGCGAGCGUGCGCCCUCUGUCCCCUUUCGCCGGACCCCGGACUCGAUCCCCGGAGCCCAGAGGCAGAGGCGCGGGCUGGGCAACCCAGCGCCCGGAGACCGCUUCUCCCCUGCCGACUUGGAGGGACCCGCUGCCUCCCUCCAUCGGAGACUGUCCGGGAGCGGGUGGGAGUGGGCAGCAUGGAGGGCUCCUUUGUCCUAGGGGACCCCUCCCAGCCUCCCAACAGCAGCUGGCCCCCAAGCCCAAGCCAGAAUGGGAGUAACACCAGGGCCACCGCGGCUGCAAACCUCACGUUCUCGUCCUACUACCAGCACUCGUCACCAGUGGCGGCCAUGUUCAUCGUGGCCUACGUGCUCAUCUUCCUCCUCUGCAUGGUGGGCAACGCCCUGGUCUGCUUCAUCGUGCUCAAGAACCGGCACAUGCGCACCGUCACCAACAUGUUUAUCCUUAACCUGGCCGUCAGCGACCUGCUAGUGGGCAUCUUCUGCAUGCCCACCACCCUUGUGGACAACCUCAUCACUGGGUGGCCCUUCGACAAUGCCACAUGCAAGAUGAGCGGCUUGGUGCAGGGCAUGUCCGUGUCGGCUUCUGUGUUCACACUGGUGGCCAUUGCCGUGGAAAGGUUCCGCUGCAUCGUGCACCCUUUCCGCGAGAAGCUGACCCUGCGGAAGGCGCUGGUCACCAUCGCGGUCAUCUGGGCCCUGGCCCUGCUCAUCAUGUGCCCCUCGGCCGUCACGCUGACCGUCACGCGCGAGGAGCACCACUUCAUGGUGGACGCCCGCAACCGCUCCUACCCGCUCUACUCGUGCUGGGAGGCCUGGCCGGAGAAGGGCAUGCGCAAGGUCUACACCACCGUGCUCUUCUCGCACAUCUACCUGGCGCCGCUCGCGCUCAUCGUGGUCCUGUACGCCCGCAUCGCCCGCAAGCUCUUCAAGGCCGCGGGCCCCGGCCGGGCGCGCGAGGCGGCGGCGGUGGAGGGCGCGCGCGGGGCGCGGCGCCGGGCCCGGGCGGUGCACAUGCUGGUCGCGGUGGCGCUGUUCUUCACGCUGUCCUGGCUGCCGCUCUGGGCGCUGCUGCUGCUCAUCGACUACGGGCAGCUCAGCGAGCCGCAGCUGCACCUGGUCACCGUCUACGCCUUCCCCUUCGCGCACUGGCUGGCCUUCUUCAACAGCAGCGCCAACCCCAUCAUCUACGGCUACUUCAACGAGAACUUCCGCCGCGGCUUCCAGGCCGCCUUCCGCGCCCAGCUCUGCCUGCCGCCGUGGGGCAGCCACGAGGAGGCCUACUCCGAGAGGCCCGGCCGGCUCCUGCGCACGCGGGUCUUCGUGGAGGUGCAGCCCAGCGACUCGGGUCUGCCCUCCGAGUCGGGCCCGAGCAGUGGGGCCCCCAGGCCCGGCCGCCUCCCGCUGCGCAAUGGCCGGGUGGCCCACCAUGGCUUGGCCGGGGAGGGUCCUGGCUGCUCCCGUCUACCCCUCUCCGUGCCAGCCUGGGAUGUUUGAAUGGUACAGGGAGGACAGGCCCUGAGCCUGAGAGCGCCGAUUGGACAUGUGAAUCCUGGACGUGAUAGCAGCCCAGUGUGGUUUUGAAGAAGGCACUGUAGUGCCUCCCUCUCAAAUACAAGGCAGUGGGCCACUGUUAGUGAUAUCUGCUCUACUACCGUCCCCCUCAGCGAGAGGCCAAGGAGGGCAAGGGAAAAGAAGCUGUUUCGCCAAACCCCUCUGUGUGGUAGAUGCCACAAACAUCACCUCAUUGAAUUCUCACAGCACUUUGGGAAUAGGCUUUCUUAUCCCCCUUCUACAGAUGCAAAACUGAGGCCUGGAGAGGAGAUAAGGCUAGCCCAGUCUCUCAGCUGGAAAUCCCACCAGAGCCUGUCUGACUCCGGGGCCUGUGUGGUUUUAUCAUCUCCACCUUUCUCCAGGAGGGCCUGUUAAGGUGGAGCACAGUGAAAUGUGUGAAUCCUCAUUAGGCAGCUGGGAAGAAGCAAAAAGCAAAGCUGGCCUGUCCAUUUGAUGCUUUGUGUCCGUGUCCUGAGUCCCCUAUGUAUUACUGAAGCCACUCCCCUUGACCUCUUCCCAGGAGAACAGUGCACCCCUCCUGCCAGCUCUGCGUAGGUUUGUCUUGUUUGUUGCAAGAGGUAUGCAGGCCCGUUCUCUUCUCCCUCAAAGUAACAGGAUGUCAUGUCUGAGCAGCUGUGGAAUGAGCCCCGGGGGCUUGCCCUCUGGGUCUGAGCCCAGAGAAGGGGUGGGGGGCUCAGUUCUCCUUCCUCUCCUCGUAGGGCCCACCACCAUCACCCAGGCCCAGGCAAGAACUCAAAAUGCGAGAGGCAGCUGCAAGGCCACGUGGAGGCAUCGGUUUAUUUAUUCACGGACAGGAGGAAGCAAAAGCGCAGUACCCACCUUCAGCCUUUGGAAACACAGCUGCUCACUGGAGCGGCAAGCACGAGCCCUUCCCGAAGGCCUCAUUCCCUGCUCCCUCCGGGGAUGGACGCAGAAGUUGGCCAACAAGCUGUGGUGCCCUGUGGGCCUCCAGGAGGACAAACACAAAACCCCUCCCCAACACAGAUAGCUCAUAUACCCUAAAAAGUGUUGGGGACCAGGAGGCCCCUUGGUUACGUGGCUCUCACCCAGCACAUCUACAUCACCUUGAAGAAAGGAGACUUCUGAGAUGAGAGGAAAUGAGAUUGCCUCGGUGAUCCUUGCACGGCCUCAACAACCUGCAGUUAACUGGACGUUUCCCCCUCGUCUCUAUAGAAAACACAGUGUUGCUAGAAUUUUAGUGAAUAAAAAAGAACAUUUCCAGGGGUCAAGGCAGCGAAUGUGACACUGAGGCUUUGAUUGUUUCCAAAUCGAUUCAGGAUGACUUAACCCCGUUUACUCCACUCUAAGUACUGGAUGUAGAGGCAGAAGAAAAUUCGUAAGCAAUUGUACAGUAUGUUCUUUCCAAGCGUGUUCCCAGACACUGUCUCAUUUGAUCCAUACAAAUGAGGUAGAACGAGAUGUUGUUGACAUUUCAAAGGUAACUGAGGCUCAAAGGGGCCAAGGUCACAGGCCGCAGAGGGGCAGGGUUUGGAUUAGGAUUUGUCUUCUGGUGGUUUCUUCCCACACGGCAUCCUGCCUCUCAGGGAAGCUGGAUUGGGCAUAAUGGGGAGGAGAGCUGGAAAUUCUCACAAAGAUUUUUUGCCUGAUAGUGAAACAGAAUGUUCUUGGAACCAGAAUCCCCACCCUCAAGCUCUUGGUCUGGGAAAUGAAAGUCUAUUGUGUUUAUUCUUGUAGUAUCCGCCUGAGCUGUUCUGCAUACAAUAUCUAUACACCUAUGUGUUGAGCAGGUUGCCAGGAUCCAUCACAACCCUACCUGGUCCAGGUGUCCGGGGGUGAUGGAUGAGGUCUCAAGACAGGGUGUGUCAUCCUGUCUCUCAGUAGCUAGUGCACAUAUGGGCCCCAUUUUUGGUACUGUAUCAGUGUUAUGUGUCAUGUAGGCCAGAGAGUUCCUAGCUGCUUACUGUGAAGAACUCUGACUCCAGGCUCUAAAAAUAGGCCAGAGAAAGGGCCAUCUCAAACCCAAAUGCUUGUCCCUGUGGCUGGGUGGCAUCUGUCCAGAGACACAGUUUGGUCUCUCCUCUAGGGUGUGUUUCUCCUCUAGCAUGACCUCCUCAACCACAAAAUCACAGCCCCUACAGCAGGGGGAGACCAGGGCACUCACUCAAGCCAACCUUUCCACCAAGGCCCCUUUGUUUUAUUUCCCCCAAAGAUACCAUGCUUUGAAAGAUUGUGCCUGCCAAAAAAACCACACUAGGUCAUAACUGAUAUAUUUUGGUGUUAUUUUUAUUUCUUUUAAAAAAUCAAUCAAAGGCUAUGCCUGCCCAUUCAGAAAUUUGAUCUGAAUGCUAACAGGUAUGACUUGAUACUUCUGUGAGGGAGUGAGGUCUUGUGGGUACCUGUGGAGUGUUUGUUUUUUUGUGUAUGUGAUACAAUAUACAGAACAUAAAAUUUACCAUUGUAACCAUCUUUAAGUGUACAGUUUAGUGGCAUUAAGUGCCUUCACAUUGUUGUGUAACCAUCACCACUCUUUCCAUAAUUUUUUUAAUAUCCCAAACUGCAACUCUGUACCCAUUAAACAAUUAACCCCCCACUCCUCCCAGCCCCUGGCAACCACCAUUCUCCUUUCCGUCUCUCUGAAUUUGACUACUGUGGGUACCUCAUACAAAUAGAGGUAUUCGUCCUUUUUGUCCUUCAUACAAAGACAAGUAUUUGUCCUUUUGUGACUGGCUUCUCUCACUUAGCGUGUCUUCAAGGUUCAUCUAUGUUGUAGCAUGUGUCAGUACUUUGUUCCUUUUUAAGGCUGAAUAAUAUUCUAUUGUAUAUAUACAUACAUCACAUUUUGUUUGCCCAUUCAUUUAUCAAUGGACACUUGAGUUGUUUUCACCUGUUUACUACUGUGAAUAACGUGUGGAGUUUUAAAGUGUUGGAAGUAGUUCCUGAAAAUAGUGUCUGUGUGAACCCUGAGGACAGAGAACCCAGGUUGGGAACCCAAGAUUUUUCCCAACUUAGCAUUUAUGGGUGGCAAAGCAGAGGCCUCAAGGAAACCUAUGAUUCAUCUCCCUCCCCUGUGCCAUCCCAACUGCUCUGAGCUUCUGCUCGUCUUUACUUUUUGACUAAAGCAGCUAGAAAAUUGCAUGCUCCCUCCAUGGGAUGAUAUUUCUUGAAGCUAUUUCAUAAGUAUAGCUUUAUUACCCUCGCUAGAAUCCUGUGUCCUGACACCUGGGCCCUGUCAGGGGCCUUGUCCAGCUACCCCAAGGCAUGCAAGGGCAAGCAAUGCAGACUUUUCCUGAUGUGGCGUCCUCUACCUACGGGCUGGCCAGGUCUCCUAAGGUGACUGCCUUUUCACAGGCGGAAAGUUAGGAGAUGAAUUGGAUGUGUGACAGGGAAAAAGAGCCAGAGAGGCCUGUUGACACUGAGCACGCCCACCCCAGAGGGGGCUCUUAGAGGAACUCCGUGUCCCGUCCUGCCAUGUGCAGCACGAGUGGUCAUUCUAAUCAUGGGUCUCCACUGAUAAAUGGCCUCUUGCCUUCUCCAAGACCAUGCAGCACUCAACAGACCAGUGUGAGCUGGAGGCGGGGGCCCAGCCUACACCCUACGAACCACAAUCUGCCCAGCCCUGUGAGGACUUUCUCGUGGGGCCCGGAGGAUGCAUGAGUUGAUUGGGUUGGAAUGGAAGGUGGAGUUGGCAAAGCAGGAUGAGAGCCCCCCAUCAUUAGUCUACUGUGUAUUCAUCCAAAAAUCAAGGUGAGAGCCAAACUGAGAGCUGGAUGGACAAAGCGUUGCUAUUAAGCUCUGUACCUUUUUGCAUCCAUUUCCUCAGCUCACCCCUUAGAAGUGCCACUGAAGAAAGAUAGAUGAGAAGGAGGAGACCCAAAUGGGCGUCAUUACAAGCAAUGUUGGCUCAACAAUAGAUUCCUUGUUGAAUAAGCCAAUUAUUUAUGUUUAUGGAUUUUAUUGUUGGUUUCUCUCUCUACAGAAGCACUCUAUCAUCAUUGUGGAAAUUUUACAAAAUUUAGGUAAGCAAAGAGAAGAAAAUAAAAAGCGCCCGAAUCCCACCACAAGAGAUAAGCAUAGAGUCACGUUCUACGCAUAUAUAUGUAUAUGUUUUAAACUUUUGUAACAGUUUUAUUAAAUAAUUUGCAUAUUAUAAAAUUCACCCACCUUACGUGCACAGUUCGAGUUUUAGCUAUUGUAUACAGUUGUGUAACCACCACCACACUCAAGAUAUUUCCAGUGUCCCCCCAAAAUUCCCUUGUGCCAAUUUGUAGUCACCCCUCUCCCCACUCCUAGCCCCAGAUAACCACCUGUCUGAUUCAGAAUGUCAUUCACAUGGAACCAUACAGUGUAUAGCCUUUGAGUCUGGCUUCUUUCACUUAGCAUGAUGUUUUUGAGAUUCAUUCCUGUUGUAGCAUGUAUCAGUAGUUUGUUCCUUUUUAUUGCUGAGUAGUAUUCCAUUGUAUGGAUACAUCACAUUUUAUUUGUCCCUUCAUCAGUUGAUAGACACAUG